UUCCUCCCCGGCUUCCGCUUUCUUUCCUUACGCACGCCCAGCCACUGAAUAAUGAUAAUAAUGAUCAAGAUGGCUACUACAGAACCCUCCUUGCGGUAGCUAACAUCGGCUACAUGGAAGCACCUAAAACGGCUAUUUCUCACCGUUUACGUCCUUCGUAGGUGACGGGGGCUCCGCCAGGGACAACACUAGAUGGAUUAAAACGGGCUGGAAGGAGAUAAAAGUCAUAGCGCGCUCAUUCUGAGAAAGAUAGCUAGCUAGCUAGCAGAGUAAGUUAGCUAGCAGCUAGCUCCACUUGUCGACCAUCUCCAGGUUUAGCUAGCUGUCCCCCUUUCGCGUGCCCAGCCGUUGGACGUAGACUUGAAAAAUAAAUGGCAGAGCCGCCGAGGAAAGUGCCGUUCGUCACCAUUUCAUCCUUCAGCACCUCGCCGCCGAGCUCCGAGUCCAGCAAGAAGCGCCGCCGCGAAGACGAGGCCGUGGUCGACCUCACUUUUGGGAAAGAUGGAGGUGGAAGUGCCGCGGCGGUCGGGUCAGGAGGAGUCGGAGGUGGAGGUGGUGGAGGUGGAGGUGGAGGAGGAGGAGGCGGGUUGUUUGGGAACGUAAACCCGAAAGGAGCCGAUGCAGAGACGGAGGACGGGAGACCGACCGUCCGCCUCAACCUCCCGCUAACCGAGCCCAAUGAUCGGGGAUCUUCUGAGUUCAACUACGGCGAGCUGGUGAACACAUCUCUCACUCAGGUAAAGCAUGGCACAAGUUCAACAGUCCCUAAAGGCCUCGCCCCCCCCCUGGACCCCAACGACCAGGUUUACGACGAGCUGGUGCCGGCCUCUCUCACCACCAAACACGGCGGCUUCUACAUCAACACGGGCACCCUGCAGUUCAGACCGGCGUCCGACUCCGAGGGGGACAGCGUCGGCGCCGAGGAUCAUCGCUUCAAGAAGAUGAAAGAUGGCGAGGAACGGGGGAUAAAGAAGCGUCGGAAAAAGCAAGAUGGUGGAAUUCUGGAGGACAAGAAACCCAGGAAGAUCCGAGUACCAAAGACCGGAGUUUCAGCGCUGAAUGUCCAUCGGCCGGAAAAGAAGAAGAGGAAGAAGCUGAUGAAGGACUCCAUCCACCUGGCCAACAUGCUGCGUCGCUUCACCCGGGAGAAGGAAGAGAUGCGCAAGAAGAACCUGGCUGGCGCCGGUCUGCCACGCCCAGCCGGUCUGCCACGCCCAGCCGGUCUGCCUCGCCCCGCUGGUCUGCCACGCCCACCAGGUCUGCCACGCCCCGCCGGUCUGCCACGCCCCGCCGCCAAAGUGCCCAACGCCAACAGCGCACUCCUCAACGCCCAGUCCAAGGCUGCUGGCAGCAACGAAUGCAACAUGGCCGACCUGGCCACCGACCCGGCUGUGAUGUCACUGCUGGGCUCGGCCAACAACGACAUGCUGCAGGACAUGAUGGGUGACCUGGACUUUGGGAUGCUGGACUCUCCUCAGCCCUCCAGUCCUCUCCAGGGAGAGAACGGCGCCUUCGGGAUGGGACACAAAGCGGGAGGCAGCCGAGUGUCCCAGGGCAACAUGAUUGCCCCCCCUCCACUGCCCAGCGGACUCCCAGCCCCGCUCACAAAGCGCAUCGAAGACCUGAGAGCGGCGUCCCGUCUGUUCGAUGCAGAAGGCAGGAAGAAGUUCUUCACGCUGGACAUGAACAACAUCCUGCUGGACAUUGAGUUGCAGGUUCAGGAGCAGCCGGCAGAGGUGCGUUCAGUGGUCUACUCCCACCUGGAGGUCUUUGUGCCCUGCAAUAAAGAAGCUCUGCUCAAACGGCUGAAGAAGCUCAGCCUCAACAUACAGGACGACCGGCUCCGAACACCCCUGCUGAAGCUGAAGCUGGCCGUGUGCAGCGUGAUGCCGGAGCAGAUCGCUCGGUACAACAUGGACUGCAUCGCCAAAGUGGCAAAGCAGCAGUCCGGGGAGACGGAGAAGAACGGGUCGGAGGACGAUGACGAGGAGAAGCCGGGGAGGAGGGUGAUGGGUCCCCGGAAGAAGUUUGUCUGGGACGACAAACUCAGGUUACUGCUCUGCAACCUGGUGCGGGUGAAGCUGGGCUGCUACGAGCUGGACAACUCUGGAGCGCUGUCUCGGGAAGAUUACCUCAAAGCCUUCAUGGAGACGGAGGUGAAACCUCUGUGGCCCAAAGGCUGGAUGCAGACCAGGAUGCUGUUCAAAGAGAGCACCGUAGCUCACGGUCACAUCCGAGCAAAGAGGAAGAUGGUCCCUACUCCCAAGGCCAAGCCAAAGGAGGCGGUGUGGGUUCAGCGGUCCGUUCCCUUAGCUGGCGCCACCCCCUCCCCUGCUGCCCAGGUUGCCAAGCGACCGCCUCAGUCGCCGUCUGAGCCCAUAUGUCUGGAUUCCCUGGACGAGGAUCUAACCCCUCCAUCCCUGGACUCCAUCUCCAAGGCCCUGGCCAUCCUCGGCAACGCCGCCAAGGGCCUGGCGCACGGAGACAGCCCCCCGUCCCCGGACGGACCCAAGACCGCCCCCAAGCCGUCUUCGCUCCACGCCUCGCCGCUCAUCCAGCAGCAGAAAAACAACUCUGCCGGCAGUCCCGGCUCCAACGCACCUCACUACAUCUCUACCUCUUCGUCCCCCUCCACCCCUCUGUCCCGGCCCCUCUGCGUCAUGGCCGCUCCUCUGCCCUCGGUCAGGGUGGACGGGAUGGGCGUCGUUAAGGGCGCCGUGCAGACGCACAGACACUCGGUGCUGAACACUCAGAGAACUCUGGCCGUGGGCGUGGUCAAAGCCAACAUGCCGGCCUCGGCGCCGUCGGCUAAACAGCGGCCGCCGCCCACGGCGUCCCCGCUCGUGGCCCCGGGGUCAAAGACGGGGGUCUGCGCGCCCGCGUCCGGCCUUCUCAAAGGCAGCAAUAACAAAUCCAGCAGCGGCGACGCGAUUAUCAUCACGUCGUCUCCUCCGUCGCGGCCACACGCCCUCAUCUCCCCCCCACACAUGAGCCCCAAAACCUUCCAGACGCCGCGCCUGCCCCACACUCCGCAGAGCAAAUCCUCGCCCUCCCCCGUCUCUCAGACGCACGCUGGUGUUCAGCCCCAGCCGCAGUCUAACUUCAUCACCCCCAUGCAUGCCACGCUCACCAAGUCCACCCACAGCAGCAUCCCGCCCAUCGUCAAACUCACUUCCCGGCCCCUGAACCCCGCUGUGAUCACCACCGCCGCGGCCUCGCCCUCCAUCUCCCAAAGCCCCCGGUCUCAGGCAACCCCCCUACUCCACCAGUACUCUCCCAAAAGCCCAGCAGGCUUCCGUCUGCCGUUCUCAGGUGCCCAAGGAGGGGCGACCAAGGCGGGGCAAGGCAGCUACACCCUGUCAGGCAGCCAGAAGACCCCCAACAGCAACAACAGCACCACCAACACCAGCCUUAUUAACACCAUAUCCAUAAGCAAGCAUUCAGGAUCCAGUGCCUCCCCCACGAUAUCCUCCGCCAACGCAGGCCAGCGUCAGAGGACGGGGGGCGGGACACCUCAGGGGGCCAAGCCAGUUGCGUCUGUCCUAUCGUCAUCUGUCUCUUCUCAGCUGCCGCAGGUCUCCACGGCGGGCGGUGGGGGUCUGCUGGGCUCAGCCUCGCCUCUCCCCCUGGGGUUCGGGAUGCUGGGGGGCCUGGUCCCCGUGUCCCUGCCCUUCCAGUUCCCCCCGCUGCUGAACCUGCCUCCGCUCGGCACGGCCGGCUCCGGCACCGCAGCCAGCGGCUCGGCGGCCAAUAGCAACGCGGCGUUCUCCACCCUGACGCAGAAUGUCAGUCAAAGCCAGGCAGGAGACGCUAAGAGGAAGACUCUAUGAUGCAGCUGGACUCCAACGCCCGGGGGACGCUGUCCAAUGAAAGGACUUUGUGUCCGGACGAAUCAUGAUGGACGUGACAGAUGGACAGCCCACUCGUAGCAGCGGUCUGAAAGGAGGACCGGGUUACACUCGACCUGGAUGAAAAGAUCAGCUCAAGUUUUAAUGAUACUGCAGUUAAAUAGAACUUUGUUUUUUUUUUUAAAGGAUUUCAUAACUUUUAAAUACUAUUCUUCAUAAAAUUGGUAAUAAAAUAAUGAUGACGAAUAUAGUUUGUCGAUGUUUACAACAUAGACCUAUAUCACUGUGGACAGGGAUGGGUGCGUGUGCGUGUGCGUGUGUGUGUGUGUGUGUGUGUCCAUUUGGUGCUGUUUCUAUCAUAAUGUAAUUAUCACUGAUACUUGUAAGAAAUGUAAACUGAAUAGAAUGAGCUUUUUUCUUCUUCAAUGAGAGCUGUACACUUUUUAUUGUACUUGAAUUUGUUUGUUCCUGUAUAGAACUCAAACUUUUAAUUAAAAUCUUUCCCUUCACAAUGAA